AUGCAGAUCACUGUGUAUUGUGUGCGUAGGGACCUCACAGAGGUAACCUUUUCCCUCCAGGUCAGCCCUGACUUUGAGCUCUGCAACUUCAGAGUCCUCUGUGAGCUUGAGGCAGGCGUGCCUGCUGAAGAGAUCCAGAUCAUCUACAUGGAGCAGCUCCUUACAGAUGACCACUGUUCUCUGGGAACCUAUGGCCUCAAAGAUGGUGAUAUGGUUGUACUGCUUCAGAAGGAUAACAUGGGACCUCGGGCUCAAGGAAGGACCCCAAGCCAUCCUCGAGCAGACCACACCGGGCCGGCCAUGCCUGGCACAUCAAGUUCCCGACACCCGCCUCAGCAUCAACACUAUCACCACCCCCAGCAACGUAGACCAUCAACACAAACCCAUGGAUUGGCUUCUGGAGAAAACAUAGCUUAUGCUCAGGAUAUCAAUAGCCCUGCCUUGAUUCGCAGCAUGCUGCUUUCCAAUCCCCAUGACCUGUCCCUAUUGAAGGAACGGAAUCCUGCUUUGGCUGAAGCCCUGCUUAGUGGAAACCUUGAGACAUUUUCUCAGGUCCUGAUGGAGCAGCAGAGGGAAAGGGCCUUGAGAGAGCAAGAGAUGUUUCGUCUUUAUUCUGCUGACCCAUUCGAUCAGGAAGCUCAGGCUAAAAUAGAGGAAGAAAUCCGACAGCAGAAUAUUGAAGAAAAUAUGAACAUAGCUAUGGAAGAGGCCCCAGAGAGUUUUGGACAAGUGGCUAUGCUCUAUAUUAACUGCAAAGUGAAUGGGCAUCCUUUAAAGGCUUUUGUUGAUUCAGGUGCUCAGAUGACUAUCAUGAGCCAAGCUUGUGCUGUGAGAUGUAAUAUCAUGAGGCUGAUGGACCAACGGUGGUCUGGGGUUGCUAAGGGAGUAGGCACACAGAGGAUCAUGGGCCGCGUUCAUUUGGCUCAGAUUCAGAUUGAAGGUGAUUUCUUACAGUGCUCUUUCUCUAUACUUGAAGAGCAGCCCAUGGAUAUCCUUCUAGGGCUUGAUAUGCUCAGGAGGCAUCAGUGUUCCAUUGACCUAAAGAAAAAUGUACUGGUGAUUGGCACUACUGGCACGCAAACACCCUUCCUUCCUGAAGGAGAGUUGCCUUUGUGUGCUAGGCUGGUGAAUGGAACUGUGCAAGAAGAAUCUCCAGACAAGGAAGUAGCAGGCAAUAUCAAACACCCAGUCAAGGGUCCAGGACGGAAAAAGCAUUGA